CAACAUGAAAUUGGAAUACGAUACAAAUCCAUUCAAGCGACCGAUGAAUGCGCUACAAAAACAAUGGCACCGUAUACUCAUCGCACGACGUGUUGGCUUUGGACCGCCAAGCCCAACGAGUAAUGGCAACCAAAUGCAAACCUACCAAGAAGUUUGCCAAAGGCGUUACAUGGAUGCAUUCCGUCGUUACAAUGCUGAGUUCCGCAAGGAAGUACAACAACAUGAAGUCAUGCAACCGACUGCCAUCGAUGCGAUGCGUGUUCACAGAACCUUCGCCAUCACAACACUUUGGCCGCCAUUGCACUCGAAGCGCGAAAUCAACCUGACACUGGAACAAUUGGAGAAUAUUUUGAGUGUCAAAGAACGACGUCGUUUAGAGGAGAUACUCAAACGCGAAACAAAGCGUGGAUAAAAUGACAGUGAAGCUGAAUUGGUAAUGUGGUAGUACUGGCUGGAUGGGA